CCCACAGACACCCACACACCGAGACUCGCGUUUCUCGCGAGUCUCUCGCUCGUCAUCGCCGUCGUCAUCGCGGGAUGAGGGCGCGGAGCGGCGCUGCUGCUGCAGCUGCUGCACAGAGGCCGUGGCGGGAGCCGCGCGUGGUGCACACACGGAGGGCUCACGGAGGAGGCACCGACACGCGGAGGGGAUAAGGAGAAGACACCGACACACGGAGGAGACAUCGACACGCGGAGGAGACACCGACACGCGGAGCCACGUGGGAGCGUGAGGAUGUCCUCCGUGGCGCUGCUGCUGCUGCUCCUCGUCGCCUCGCGGCGCCUCCUGCUGCCCCUGCUGCUGCCCCUCCUGCUGCUGCCCCUGCUGCUCGUGCCGCCGCCGCUCUGCGCCGCCCUCGAGCUCCGCGGAUUCGUGGGCUGCGCAGUGCGCGAGUUCAGCUUCGUGGCGAGGAAGCCGGGCUGCCGCGGCGUGCGCAUCACCACGGACGCGUGCUGGGGCCGCUGUGAGACCUGGGAGAAGCCCACGCUGGAGCCGCCCUUCGUGGAGGCUCACCACCGCGUGUGCACCUACAACGAGACGCGGCCGCGCACCGUGCGCUUGCCAAUGUGCCGCGCCAACGUGGACCCGCACUUCACGUUCCCCGUGGCCGUCAGCUGCGAGUGCCAGCCGUGCUCCGCGGCGCACACCGCCUGCGAGACCUUCUGA